ACAAGGAUGAGAAUAGAGAUAGAGAGAUACUGUAAUGUACCCGCCCUUAUCCUAAUACCUGUCUUGCAUCUCCUUCUGUAUUACUAUUUUUCUACCAUAUUCCAAACCGCUCACCUCUAUUUCUUAUUACUUACCGCGUCCUAAACAAGCAAAAACAGUCUCUAAUGCUUUCCCAUAUAUGUUGAGCUUUUGAAUUCAACAUUGCCAACACAAUGUCUUGCAUCUAUAGCUGUAGCUCCACACCUUCUUUCUUUGCUCCUUUUGUUUCAUCCAGAAGCUCCAGAUUUGCUCUCUCCUCAUCAAAUUCAAGGCCCCGAAUCCAUUGUGCCCUUGGAGGGACUGUGGCAGAACCAAAAAUUACCACUGCUGCUGAACCAUUGUUGCUUAAUGCUGUUCGUGGGGAAGAUGUUGAAAGACCCCCAGUUUGGCUCAUGAGGCAAGCAGGGAGGUACAUGAAGAGCUACCAAAUUAUCUGUGAGAAGUAUCCUUCAUUUCGUGAAAGAUCAGAAAAUGUUGAUCUAGUUGUGGAGAUUUCACUACAACCAUGGAAAGUUUUUAAGCCUGAUGGGGUCAUUUUAUUCUCGGACAUUCUUACCCCUCUAUCUGGGAUGAAUAUACCUUUUGACAUUGUGAAAGGUAAGGGCCCUGUCAUAUUUAAUCCUCUAGGCACAGCUGCUGAUGUUGAACAAGUGAGAGAAUUCGUUCCUGAAGAUUCAGUUCCAUAUGUUGGGGAAGCAUUGACAAUCUUGCGGAAAGAGGUAGAUAAUAAAGCAGCAGUUCUAGGUUUUGUUGGGGCUCCAUUUACCCUGGCAUCAUAUGUGGUUGAGGGCGGUUCAUCAAAGCACUUCACAAAAAUAAAGAGAUUAGCUUUCUCACAACCCAAGGUCCUUCAUGCAUUACUUCAGAAAUUUGCAACAUCCAUGGCAAAAUACAUCCAGUUCCAAGCUGACAGUGGAGCUCAAGCUGUUCAGAUUUUUGAUUCAUGGGCCACUGAGCUUAGCCCAGUAGAUUUUGAAGAGUUCAGUUUGCCUUACUUGAAGCAGAUUGUGGACACUGUAAAACAAACCCAUCCUCAUCUCCCCCUAAUCCUGUAUGCAAGUGGAUCCGGGGGCUUGCUUGAGAGGCUAGCUUUAACUGGUGUUGAUGUAAUUAGCUUGGAUUGGACUGUUGAUAUGGCUGAAGGCAGGAGGCGAUUGGGACCAAAUAUAGCGGUUCAGGGUAAUGUGGAUCCUGGUGUUCUUUUUGGUUCAAAGGAUUUUAUCACCAACCGUAUCAACGAUACUGUAAGGAAAGCAGGGAGAGGGAAACAUAUUUUGAACCUUGGUCAUGGUAUUGUUGUAGGUACACCUGAAGAGAAUGUUGCUCAUUUCUUUGAGGUUGCUAAAGGACUCAGAUACUAAAAUCAUAUCUGGGGUAGAUUAAUAGUUUUCUGCAUAUUGGAGUUUUUGUAACAUUAGUUUCCUUUCCAGCUCCUGAUCAUUCAUUUGAAUAUUAGUGCCCAAAUAGUGGAGAAAAAUAUUUGAAAGUGAUUAUUUUAGCUGGUAUAA